AUGGAGGCAGAUCCAUUCCUCAUGUGGAGCGACCCUGUUGCUGCUUCGUCGGCAGGCUAUCCCUUCCAGGCAUUUGAGGCGUUGGAGCCCGGCACGCACGGUUUGGAUGGACUGGCAAUCACGGACCUGUUAGGUUCAAUGCCUCUGCAGCUAGAGCCUCCGGGCAGACCGGGUUCGGCACCGCCCAUUCUCCAUCCAGAUGGCUUCUCCCCCUUCUUAGAGACUGCGGCGACCUUCGAGGCGGCGCGGAAGGCGGCGUACCGGGAACAACUGGAGUUACCAAGCAGGCCACGGUCCGCACCACUCGAGGAGGAGAUCGUCAACGUGCUGCGGGAGGAGGCGUUAAGCCGGAUGGAUCCUCGAGACAAAGACCUCUUCGCCUUCCAGGCGGCGGCAGUGGCGCCCCCCCGCUCCCCGUCGCCGUUUAUGGGAGAAGGCCCAGGCGAUCUCCUGGAGCGCCAGCGCCAGGCGCUCUUCGGCCUGGCACCUGCAAGAACUUUGCAGGCCAGAGCUAUGGAGCCGGCUAUGGAGCCCUUUGAGCCCUUUCUGUGCCAUGUGCAGGCAGCCGCAGCGCUGGAAGCAGCCGCCCGGCAAAACGUAGAUUAG